AUGGAUGAAGAAGAACAAAGGGUAUGGAAGCUGGCAGAAGAGCAGAGAAAGAAGAAUAUCGGGAGUUACGGAGAGGGAGGCGUGAGAGAAGCUCAAGCACAAAGACAGGCUAAAGAGGCACAGGAACGAUUUCAAGAUGGUGCCAUCAUCUCACAGACCAGCUCCAUCGAGAGGAUAUGGCAUCGAUUCGUUAGCCUACUGGGCUUCAUCUCGACUCUAUUUGCACACCUUCCGCCUGGCUAUCAAGUGCCGAGGAGGACAAAAGGCCGUCAUGCACAACGCGGUGGACAGCAAAACCGACUCAUCAACGUCUAUGGACCACUCAGAUUUGGACGCAGGAACAUAAUCGUUGCUGUGAACGAUUGUGGCCCGAUCAGUCUUCUACGGUGCGUAGAAGAUCAGUUUGAGCAAUGGCGUAUCGCAGAAAUCCAACGAUAG